CCACAACUGACCGCUCCUCUGAAAUUUCCCAGUCUGGUCUGGGUCAGGAAAGCGGUAACAAGAUUUAGCACACGUCUUGAAUCGGCGAUUCAAAUCUGAGAACCGUUUGUUGAACUCGGAAACAGGAGCAGAGUGAGACGUCCACAAGCUUUUUUUUUUCCCUCUCUGCGAUCCGUAGCUCCUUUCCGCUCUGCAGGAAUGUACUCUGCAGCCAUGGAACAUAAACAUAGGGUGAAGGUCUGCUGAAGACAGGUGACAACAUUUCUAGGGAAGGAAUGCGACUCCCCCACCGCUGAGCUCAAGAUGAGAGAGUGGUGGAUUCAUGUGGGUCUGAUCUGCAUCCCGCUGGUCGCCGUCUACCUGCACAUCCCGCCCCCUCAGCUCUCACCUGCCCUGCAGAAGUGGCACAAUGCCGGGGAGGUCUUCACCUUCAGAGGCAGGAAUAUCUUCUACAGAGACUCCUAUGGGGCUUUGGGAAGCUCCGACAUAGUCAUCCUGCUCCACGGCUUCCCCACCUCCAGCUACGACUGGAACAAGAUUUGGGAGCCACUCACGCAGCGCUUCAAUCGAGUCAUUGCACUGGAUUUCCUGGGGUUUGGCUUCAGUGACAAGCCGCGACCGCACAGGUACUCCAUCUUCGAGCAGGCAAGUGUGGUGGAGGCUCUGGUGGCCCACUUGGGUCUGAGCAACCAGCGAGUCAACCUGGUGUCCCAUGACUAUGGAGACACCGUGGCCCUGGAGCUUCUCUAUAGGAGUGACCAAAACCGCACCGGUCACCUGACCUUUAACAGCCUGUGUCUUUCUAACGGAGGAAUAUUCCCAGAAACGCACCACCCACGGCUGCUGCAGACGCUUCUGAAGGACUCCAGUUUUCUGUCUCCUUUGCUGAUGCGUCUUACCAACUACAUGAUCUUCCAAAAGGGGAUAGGAGAAGUGUUCGGUCCGUACACGCAGCCCACAGACGCUGAAUUCUGGGACAUGUGGACGGGUUUACGCUACAAUGAUGGCAACCUAGUGUUGGACAGCGUUCUCCAGUACAUCAACCAGAGACUGAAACACAGAGAGCGAUGGGUGGGCGCGCUCACUUCCACCUUCAUCCCACUGCACAUGAUCUAUGGACCUCUGGACCCCGUCAACCCUCAUCCGCAGUUCAUCCGUCUUUACCUGCAGCUGGUCCGGAGGUCAACAGUCACCAUUUUGGAUGAACACAUCAGUCACUACCCUCAGCUGGAAGAUCCCACUGGCUUCCUCAAUGCAUAUUUCAAUUUUAUUCACUCUUUCUGAAGGGAAAUGCAACACCCAUGUUCAGGAAUGAAACUGAAACCUAUUCAAGCUGAGAGUACCAAAGUGAUAAAUAAUGAUCAUGUGUGGUGGAAAGACCUUCCCUGAUGAUUGUAACCAGGAGAAAUGCUGCAUUAAUCUGAGAUUUAAACACCACUGAUGGGUUAAUUUACCAGCAUCAAUCCCUGUGAUGUCAACUACUGCCAUAGAACUAUAACGAGCUAAAAAAAACAUCCUUAAUGCAACUAAUCUGAUGGUGAGUGUUAAAUUAUGAAGCAUGAUUCUUUUAAGUUGUGUGACAUUUGAACUUAUUUGUGGGACACCGUUUUGUUCCCUCCAUUUUCUGUUGAGUCCUGCGAUCAUCUGCAUUCUGAAUGACUUUUAUAUGAUUUUCUACAUUUCUCUUGAUGUCAACAAUGAAUGUCAACUUUUCUUCAAAUAAAACUAGUUUUGUAAAAAAAAAAAAAAAAAAAAAGGUGUAUUUUGACAGCCAA